GUUUAACUCUUAUUAAGCUAUCUACGAUAUUUGACAUUAUUUAAUCCUAAUAAAGUAAGCACAAUGUCCCGCGUACAAGUCCUGCAGACGCAGCUCCCAUCGUACAACCGCAUCAAGACGCCUUAUGAACAGGAACUGAUUGAAACUGUCACGAAGAUGACGGAGCGCGGCAAGGGCCUUCUGGCCGCCGAUGAGUCAACUGGGUCGUGCACCAAGCGCUUCCAGUCGAUUGGACUGAGCAACACGCCGGAGAACCGCCGCAAGUACCGCUCACUGAUGAUUGAAGCUAAUGGAUUCGAGACGUACAUUAGCGGCGUCAUUCUGCACGAUGAGACGGUGUACCAGAAGGCGUGCAACGGACAAACUUUCCCUGAGUACCUGCGCUCGAAGGGUGUGGUGGCCGGCAUUAAGACGGACAUGGGUCUGCACCCAUUACUGGAGGGCGCUGAGGAGGAGCAGAUGACCGAGGGUCUGGAUGGAUACACGAUCCGUGCCUCCAAAUACUACAAACUUGGCUGCCGCUUCUGUAAAUGGCGUAAUGUAUUCAAGAUUCAGAACGGCACUGUUUCGGAGUCCCUGGUGCGCCUCAAUGCCGAGACGCUCGCGCGGUAUGCAGUGCUGUCUCAGAUGAGCGGGCUGGUGCCGAUCGUGGAGCCGGAAGUGAUGAUUGACGGUACCCACGACAUCAAAACCUGCCAGCGUGUGUCGGAGCACGUGUGGUCCGAGGUGAUAGCCGCGAUGCACCGCCACGGUGUGAUCUGGGAGGGAUGCCUGCUUAAGCCGAAUAUGGUGGUUCACGGCGCAGAGUUCGGGAAGGCGGCAACCCCGGAGGAAGUUGCACACUUCACGGUCACAACACUGGCGCGCACGAUUCCAGCGGCCCUACGCGGCAUAACUUUCCUCUCCGGCGGCCUGAGCGAGGUGCAGGCAAGCGAGUACCUGAAUGCAAUGAACCAAAGCAAGUUGCCUCGCCCCUGGAACCUCAGUUUUUCUUAUGCGCGCGCGCUUCAGACGUCCGCGCUAAAUGCAUGGGGUGGCAAGGACUCCGGUGUCGAAGCGGGUCGUCGCGUCUUUUUGCACCGUGCAAAGAUGAACUCGCUCGCACAGCUCGGGCAGUACGACCGCUCGAAAGACGAUGCCAGCUCAAAGUCCCUCUAUAUUAAAGGAAAUACGUAUUGAAGCAAUGACUGAUCCUUUCAUGGCACAGAUCAUUUAAUGUAAAAGUGGUAAGUAAAUAAAAGAGAUUUAUAAUGCAUCACCACGUUUUUUGUUUCUAGCAGUUUCUUUUUAUCAAAGCGGUAUACCAAAAUAACAAUACAAAAAUCUAUAAUGAUAGAUAGCACCCCCUAUUUUCUAGUAGGAAGGAAUUUAAGCAUUACAGAACAACUAUGGGAUUACCAAAAGUAUUUAAAAGCGAAAAAAUGUACUAAGAUUUUGAUCCUAGCAUGGGCGUUUAUAUAAAAACAAAAAUCCACCAUGACUAUCAUUUCAUUAAAUUACUCCAAAUACCAUCUCAAGGAGGAGUGAAAAGGAAUAAAAAUAUCACUGUGUGAAAA